UCACGAGUCAUGUGACAGCGGCUUGACAGGCGGCUCCGGAGAGGCGACUGGACUGCGGGGACACCCCGGCAGGUCGCCCCAGGCUGGAGCGCGCGUGCGUCUGCAGAGGCGUGGAGACUGAUCCUGCGAGAGAAAGGGGUUCAUCAUGGCGGAUGAUCUAAAGAGAUUCCUAUACAAAAAAUUACCAAGCGUUGAAGGGCUCCAUGCAAUUGUUGUGUCAGAUAGAGAUGGGGUGCCUGUUAUUAAAGUGGCUAACGACAAUGCUCCAGAGCAUGCCCUGCGGCCUGGCUUCUUAUCCACAUUUGCUCUUGCAACGGACCAAGGCAGCAAACUUGGUCUUUCCAAAAAUAAAAGCAUCAUCUGCUACUAUAAUACCUAUCAGGUGGUUCAGUUCAAUCGUUUACCUCUGGUGGUGAGUUUCAUAGCCAGCAGUAAUGCUAACACAGGACUUAUUGUCAGCCUAGAAAAGGAGCUGGCUCCGUUAUUUGAAGAACUGAUAAAAGUUGUGGAAGUGUCUUAAUCUAAUAGUGGUUUUGAUGUACACCUUUUCUUCAUUGCAACAACACUGUACCAGUCCAGCAACCUUCAGACCACAGUAGUACUUAUCUAUGAAUUCAAAGGGCCGCUUUUCCACCUUACAUUAAAGAAGAGCCUAUCCCUGUAAUUUAUAGACAGAUCAAUUGUUAUAUUUAUGUGUAUAAAAUCUUUUCUUACUUAGUGAGAUCUGGAAACACCACAGAAAUGGUUCAUUCUAUUGCAGCUCCCAUGGAGUUAGUGCAGGUGACAGAUAAUGAGUGGUAUUCUGUCCAGUGCAUCAGGGUCAGGAAGGUACAAAUGCCCUUGAGCCAGCAAGCACACCUGCUGUACACUGCUCCCACUCCACAAGCCACAGACCCUUAUACUGAGAAUAAUAAUGAGGACGUAUUUUUCUGAAGAUCAUAUUUUAUUUCUUUGCAUUGAGUAUGAGGAAGAUGAAAUGGCUUAGUAAAAAUAAUAACGUAAGUACAAUCACUAACUUUCUUCUGUAUCUGAUCUCAGUGUAGAUGAGUGUUACUAAUGGAUUUGAUUCUUCCCUGAGGGUGCUGCUCUUCAGUGAGAAUGGAAAUCACUGCUUUUGAUUUGUCUUCUACUCUUUCUGUAACAGUGCUUUAAUGAUUGUGUUCUUUAUACAGUUGAAAUGCCAUGUUACCGAGUUCUGUUUCCAAUAUCAGUAUGUAUAUAAAAAUGACAAGUAUAGCCAUUUUUCAUAUAUGAGUAUAAAUAAAAUGAUAUUUUUAAAAAUACAGAA